GCGGAAAAGAAGGAGGAAGACGCUGGGAAACUCAAGGAUUUGCUUGCUCUCACAAAGUUCAUCCGCCUGGACUGGAGGUUGAUAUCACUCGCCCUUGUGUGCUUGGUAACCAGCACGGUGGUCCUUCUUAGCUUUCCCAAGUGGUUCGGGAAGAUCGUGGACUCUCUUAAGGAUCUCAAGCCUAGCGACGGGGAGGUGUUGAUCAUGGGCGAGUACACAUUUUUGCAGUUCACCGGUUUGUGUUUUGGUGCGUGCGGGCUCUUCACUGUGGCGGUGUUUGGACGUGUGACAAUCCUCAAGCUCCUUGGGGAGAAGUUGAUCUCGAAGUUACGGAGCUAUAUCAUGAAGAAACUCCUCACCCAGGACGCCGAGUUCUUUGACAAGCACAAGACGGGUGACAUCAUGUCGCGCCUCACAACGGACGCACACAUGGUGUCGCGAUCGAUUACCAGCCAGAUCGCGGACGGGUUGAAGAACUCGCUCUUCCUCGUGUUUGCCACCGCCAUGAUGUUCUCCACGCAGACGACGCUUGCGGCGUGUAACUUUGUACUCAUUCCACUCACUGCCUACGUCUCUAGCAUCUUUGGAGAGCGCUUGAAGCGUGCGUCCAAAAAUCUCCAGAAAUCCAGCGGGUCGCUCAGUAAGGUGACGGAGGAACAGCUCAACGCCAUCAAAACCGUGCAAUCGUUUGCGGCGGAGUCGUCCUCGCUCACCAAGUUCAACGCCGAAACAAAGGGCGUGUUCAACGCGGCCAAGAAGGAAACCAUCCUAAACACGUUGUACAUUGCGGUCUGUAACUCGGCCUACUUCAUCAACUACACCGUGGUGUUCAUUGGCGGUACGUAUUUUGUACACAAGGGCGGUAUGACCAUUGGUGAAUUGACGGGGUACUUUUUCUACGCAGACUUUGCGUGCAGCAGCAUUCUCGCCCUCACAUCCUUCUACGGGGAGUUGAUGAAGGGGACCGGAGCGGCGUCGCGGUUGAUUGAGUUGAUGCGCAGCGACCCGGUAAUCAAGGCCACGAGCGGUGAUCCCGUCCCAAGCCACAUCCGCGGCGAGAUCCGGUUUGAAAACGUCACAUUUGCCUACCCAACCAGACCAAAUAACCUCAUUUUUGAGAACUGUUCGUUCACCAUCCCGGCGGGCUCCAACGUGUGCAUCGUGGGGCCGUCGGGGCGAGGCAAGUCCACCAUUACCUCCUUGUUGUUGCGUUUCUACGACCCAAACGCCGGCCGCAUCCUCUUGGACGGUGUGGAUAUUUCCACCUACAACGUUAAGUCUAUCAGACGGGCUCUCGGUUUUGUCCAGCAAGAGCCAGCGUUGUUACCGGGCACCAUUUAUGAAAACCUUGUGUUGGGCUACAAGCCCAAGGACAGGCCGUCGUUGGAAACUAUUGACACGGUCGCCAUGAAGGCCAACUGCCAGUUCAUCCACGACUUUCCUGACGGCUAUGACACCCAGUUGAACGCCAAGGGUGGGUCCUUGUCCGGAGGACAGAAGCAGCGCGUGGCCAUCGCGCGCACGUUGCUCAAGAACCCGGCCAUUUUAAUUCUUGACGAGGCAACCUCAGCACUCGAUGCCAAAAGCGAGUCGCUUGUCAACAGCGAAAUCGCCAGGCUCAUCUCCGAGCGUGGUAUGACCACCAUCAGCAUCGCGCACCGCUUCAGCACCAUUAGAAAGGCAAAGACGAUCAUUGUCUUGGGCCACGACGGCAGGGUCGAUGAGAUGGGAGACUUUGCCACGUUAUACGGCAACCACAAUAGCGCUUUGUACAAGAUCUUGCAUGACCACGAGGCGAAAAAACCGGUGGAGGAG